AGGUAUCAAAUCUAGAUGCAGCUGGAGUAUAUAGAGGCCCCGCAGAGUAUAUAGAAGCCCCACCCCAGACGCAGCUAUUGAGAUUUUCAAUUUUCUACUCCGGUGAUAGAUAGAAUUCCUCCACGCUACUAAUCUUACUAAGCUUGAGAUACAUCGCAUUUUUUCACACGACGCUUGCUUGGCCAAUCUUUCUGAGGUUUUCAAGUAAGAUUAAUGGCUGUUGACUUUUUGUUUUGGGACAUUCUUGUACCUCUCGACUACGUACUAGUAUUAUUACAAUCACCAUCAUCACUGUCAUCAUCACACUGCUCGCUACUUGUGGCGUCACACUUCGUCUACUUUUCUACGUCGCCCACAGAAAAUGUCGUAUGGUUGUCGGCCGCUUGCUAUAGACCACCUUUCAGGUCUUGGUCUCUUUGUCAUUCCGACGCAGCUGCGUGGGCUGCUUAGUAAGGUAUAAUCGUCGUGCUUUGAUGUUGUAGUUAAGGAGAAAGCUAUAAUACGAAUGUUGUUGUGUAGGUCUUUGUGUCGACCUUAUGGAUCUCGACACGCCGCAUCAAUCUACAACAUGAACAUCACGCGGCCUCUAGUUGUUCCUUUUUCCCACACUCUACUCAGCCUGUCACCUCUGCCGCCACUGUCAUGACCAUUUCCGCAAAAAAGCCUGUCGUGGAGCCAGAAUAUACAGUAAAGGUGCAGCGACUGUAUGCGAAGAGAAAGCCGAAUACCAAGGUUUCGUGGGGUGGCUAUGGUUGUGUGCAGAAAAUCUCUGGUAUUCACGACGCUGUAACUACGGAGAACAAGAAUGACACACAGACGAACAAGGGGAAAAAUUAUGACAGGAGAGUUUCACGUGAGUAUUUCUUGUGAGGUGCAUGUUGCUCAUGCUUGCUUCUACGAACAUGAUAAUGCUAUAUGAAAUUGUGUAAUAAUUAGCCAUGCUCGGCCUAUACGAAAUGGAAUAUGUUUACCUGCUCUUGUUAUUUUGUUAUGCCAUGGCCAAUCUGAUCUCAAGAUUGACGACUUCGAAAACCGUAAAUUACACAUCAGCUUGUAAGGCUCUCUCAUGCCAUGUACAACUAAGAAAGCCGCUUCAACGUUAUGCCAAGAGAACUUCUCAGUUGAAGCGGCUUUCGACGUGCCACGCUUUCUUAGUAUUCGUCCCUAGGCUUUCAUACUAUCGCGGCCGAGCCCUCCGGUCCAAAGCACAAGAUACCUUUAUCCCGGAAAACCCUCGAUCCUAGGACAGGGAGUGUCAUAGAAGUAAUCCCGAACGAGCAUUUCGAAGACCGAGCUGCAUUUUGGAAAGCGUGGAGGUCGAACCUGAAGGACAUGAGUUUAUGACGUGACUCAUUCCUACUUUGAGAGUUUUAGAACAUGAUUCGUAAUGAGACAGAUCCCUCUCAUAAUGAUAACAAUGAGACAGAUAUGUCGUGAAGAAGCUCCAGGCAGAGUAUGAAAUUUCCUAUGUUGACAUGUAGCCUCUCUAAUUCCCGCCUACCUCGCGCAAUACGAACAAUUUGGGCCUGAAGUUGAUAACAUCAGUCUGGCGAUUUUCGACUUGAAACGCUACGAAGAUCAUGGAAAGGUGUAGUAGCUUGUGGUUAAGGAGCACGAGCUCACAGUAAUGCAAUUCGCAUGUUGAGUAGCUAAUGUCUAUAAUUUGGAUGUUUUAUGAUUAUGCGUUCAGAGUAGACGGAAAUGCGUUUAUACCUUAUAUAUAAAUAGGUGUGGAAGAUCCUUUGUGCUUACUUACUAUUAAGAAGAUCCGUAUUAUUGUCGAGCAUAUGAAUGAAUUAAGAUUAACAUUAUUCAGUAUGGAAGAUGAUGUAACGAGGGUGUAGCUUUAAUCUUUGGUUGGUGAAUCGUUGUUCUUAACGUUCUCCGACAAAAAUAGUAGUUUUAGCUUUCUUAGAAGUUGAAGUUCUUGUUUCGCACUUUCUGGUCUCGCAUUCCUAGAAGACUAGAGCAUCACAAGUGAAAGGCGAUGAAUAUUUAACAAGGUGCUGCACUCUUACAAGCAGAAGUAGAUAUCGACAUAUCAUGCAUUUCGACAUAUAGUUUUUAAAGAAAACAUUGUAAGACCCAGUGCUGUGAAUGUGAAUGGCGAUUCACUACAUUG